AUGACAGCUCACCAGCGGGUCGUCACGACGACCAACUCCCUCCUCGCCUGUGCCGUGCAAGUCCACCUCUACGAGGUGCUUUGCAGCAAGCUCCAGUACUUCGAUGGGCUGGUGUACGGCAUCAUGGGAUCCUUCAGGGUCCUCAACAUGGACAGCCUGACGGACCGCAUGACGCGCGCCACCAACCGGUGCGUCAACAACAUGUGCAGCGGGGACCCCCGCCUGCAUCUCGAGGGCGGCGGCGGCGCCCAGCCCACCCUCAGUCCACUGGACCCGAGCAGCAGAGAGCUCCCCCACAUGGUAACCGCCGACGUGGCCGAGGUCGUGGUCCGGCACUAUACCGGUGCCAUCAUGGACGUGAUCGGAAACGACUGGCGGGUCGCGAACCCCGAGUCGGUGACCGCGGACGUCGUCGACGUGCUGCGCGACGCGUUCCUCGCCAACGCGCACCCGAGGUACAGCGACAUGCUGACGGAGCUGGAGAGGAUCUGUUCCGUGACGGUCCGGUUGGAAUUCUGCUGA